GGCAAACGCAUGUGCUCUCUUCAAAUAUAAAAUGAAAUUAGAAUCCAGAUUAAGACCGUGUUGGAAGUCAACACGAUGUCUGCACAGAUUCCUGGAGAAGAGAGCAGUCAACAGGCUAUGCAGGCUCAAGCACCAACCCCGAUUCCUCUGCGAGCACUUACUACCCUUCUCAACUACGAACGAUGCAUAUCAGACCCCAAGUUUCGAGGAGCAAAACUUUUGAAUUCUACCUUCGCCGAUCCGAAGCUUAUCGAUACGAGAGAUCCAGAUAGGUAUGUGAAGCUUCCUGGUAGCAAGCUAGCGUCGGUCAAGCAAGUACACUUCCACGUCUUCCGCAGAGAGUCUGAUGGAGUUUCCGGCACUCCAUCGACGAAUGAUAUCAUCUGUCCCGAUGCGCUUCCUGAAGUACACGGGUUGAAUUUCACAAAGCGGGAGCUCAUCUAUCACGAGUCUCACGAGGGUGAUGGAUGCUACGAAGCUGUUAGCUUGUUUCAGUAUUUCUUCGAGAUCUGUCCAGCAGAUCAAAAGCUCUUGAUCCAAAUCAAGACAUCAUCAGUUCUGGUAGAUCCAUUCCUCCGAGAGAUUGCAGAGCACAAAAUGAGAGGCCCGAAAUUGCAGGUCAUUGUUUCUGGAAUGGAAGAAGAGCGCAUUUCUGGACAUGAUAACGACCGUCCACAUGCAGUGGUUGUGUUUCCAGCUCCCGGAGGAGUAGGCUUCGUUGUUGACAUGACCAGCAUGCAAUUCGGAGAGGCAGGACGCGGUCUGUUUGGAGAGCCAUACUUUAUGGGAACGGCGGAAGAAUUUUAUAUUGCUAUGUUAGAGGUUUAUCGUACUCCGAGGCUGCAAGCUUGUGCUAAGCGGGUCUGGAACCGUUGGGAAAAUAGGGAGAAUGAGGGAUGGUGCGAGUACUGUGGUGUAGGUGCCUCGGAGAAGGUUUUGCAGCGAUGUGGCGGUUGCAAGAAGAGAAAAGUCCGCUACUGUCGCAAAGAGCAUCAAACGGCAGAUUGGAAGUUGCACAAGUAUACUUGUGAGAAAGUCAACAAGUGA